AUGACUAUUUCGAAAAACAUGCUCGUUAUUUUUGUUUUCCUCUUCCUCGACGUCGUAACUGUGAGUAUGAUUCUACCAUGGAUGCCUUCUCUUUUAGAAACAUACGAGUCUGAAAAAGAAUGGUUUUAUACUUUGUCCAAAAAAUAUAUCCAAUACCUGGGUUUUGUUUUGGGAUUUCAAGAAGGUUCUACAUGGGACAGAGUAUUCAUUGGAGGCCUUCUGUCGUCAUUAUCAUCUUUGGUGCAAUUUGUAUCGUCGCCUGUAGCCGGAGCUUUAUCAGACUAUUUUGGCAGAAAAUCGGUCUUAGUUGUCCUUCAGGUAUCGCUUAUAAUUGUUAAUGUUCUCUGGUUAGCGUUGGGUAAGUCAUUUCUGUGGCUACUGAUGUAUCGUGUAUUAUGUGGUGCUGCACGAGCAAAUGUCGGUGUUGUAUCAGCACUUGUUGGCGAUAUCAGCAGUGAUACGUUGCGUACUAAAGGAAUGGCGGUUGUUGGCCUGGCUUAUGGUAUCGGAUUCACUGUAGGACCACCAUGCUCAGUUAUCUUACUUAGCCAGUGGAAAGUAGAUACAUCAACUGAAUACUUGAGCUAUGUGCUGGGUUCUACGUGUUUGCUUCUUAAUUGUAUAAAUCUCUUAAUCUUGAUUUUUGCUCUGCCGAGUACAUUACAAAAGGGCGGAAAUAUCGGUCGAUUAAUCAACCAAGCCGUACGUUUGAUAAAUCCGGUGAAGUUGUUUUCACUAACUGGCACAACUAAAUGUCCUAAAUAUGAAAAAUCUUUGCGUCAUUUGGCAUACUUUUGGUGCGGCUACUUGUGCGUAUACUGCGGAAUAGAAUAUACAAUACUGUUUUUGGCUAGAAUCCGCUUUAAUUUCUCAAGCUCUGAUCAAGGCAGAAUGUUCGGCUUUAUUGGGAUAAUAAUGAUUCUAGUUCAAUGUAAGUGCAAGAAUAUUCAAACUGAACUACUAAUUAGCGAACUUAUAAAAUUUCCAAUUUCCUGUUUAUUUACUUCAUGA